AUGCUAGGACGUUACGGAGGAGAACGACGCUAUGUAGCCCUCCCGGGCAAUAGUGGGCGACUCCUCGUAUCCUGCCAGGGCGAAUUGGGUCUCGAGCGGUGGAAGACCACGGCGACGGCCAAGUCCCUCUGGACCAAGGGCGAGGACCCCUUCAAGGAGAGCGACCCUCCGGUUUCGAUCCAUCCCUGGCCGGAGGAAUGGCUAUCGGUGAUGGCUUGGUACCGUCCGAAUUCCCCUUGGAGAGGCAUGAUUCCUGUGAACACCGACUGGCUGAACUGGCUCACCACCUGGUUAUACGACUUCGGCAAUGUUGCUAUCGGGCCGAGGAUUCGGGAACACGGCGAGGACGCUCUACAAGUCUCGACGGAAGUGGAAAAAGCGAGCAGACGGGUUUACACCGCUUUGCGGAAGGCGGUUAGGAUCGUGUUGGACGAAUUUUAUGGAGACGAGAAACCCGACCUGAGUGAGCACUGUCUUCGCAGCCUGAAGUCGCGAGACGCGGAAAAGUGGUUGGAGAAUCUGGACCACAACCGAAGAGUCAGUCUGGACCUCCUAGGCUUGCUAUGGUUCGCAGGGGACGACGCACGAGAACGGAUCCGAGACACCCUCGAGCCAGAAGACUGGACUACCCUGGAGAACGAUUGCGGAUUGGGGGACCUGACUACGCGAUUCCAAGGCAUAAUCUUCGACCUUUAUGGGUUAGAAGAUGAAGAGCUGGAGACGUUCGAGUUCUAUACGAACAGCCCGGCCGAUACCUUCUACGUGUGGGACCCGAUUCUGGUCAUGAACCCUUCUAAGAAAGAAUUCGACCCUCUGAAGAGCGGUAGGCCUCUGGAAACGUAUGGCUCCAACGAGGACGACGGACUCACAACGACGACUCGGAUUCGACGCCUGACGCGUCCGUGGAAGCCGAACAUUGCCUUGAAGCUAAACCGCGGAAGAUACCUAGCCGCGGAGAAGGCUUUCGCGGGGAAUGCGGGCCUGGAGGUUGAGGAAUGGUUCUUGCGGCGCAAUGCGUCAGCUCUCGAGACUGGGGGGCCAGGUGAACGAAGCCUUCUAGCCCGUACAGCCUGGUUGGAAAUGCCCGACGUGACGGAACUCUUCCUGCGCAUGAUAGCAAUGCAGAAGCCUGGCCAAACGAUCUUCCAGUGUAUCAGCCUAGCAGUUUUACAGGGCCUGCCCAUUCGGUUGGCGUACCUAGAAGAGGACCUGGUUCUGUGGAGAAAACUUCGCGGUAUCGAGCCGGAAGCCGAUACGCCUGGGUCAGUGAUCAAUCCAUACGCGGCGUUAGCUGCUCCGACUGCCGAGAGCGAAUCAAUCUCCCGCGUCUUCAAGCACUGGGAAGAGGCUACGAGUCUCUUCUUGGCUACCAGACCGCACUUGUUUGCGGCCGUGGCCGGCGAGGGAGGGAUCUACACAAGCAUCGCCAUAAAAUAUUCGGGGACGGAAAUGACCAACGCACUCACCGGGGGCCCUUCGGACGCUCUACUGUGCUAUCGCUCUCGGGGAACCAUCAACAGGAAGGGCAGAGUGCACGAAGCCCUAACCGCGGAAGAGAAAGACGUGCUGCUAGGGAGAGUGCGAGCUCCUGACGGCACGGCGCGCUAUUUCUUCCCCUCUAACGAGGUACUGGAGGAAACACACCGGUGGUGGGGCGUCUGGAGGAGACAGAACCAAGAGUGGCUUCAGGAUUUAGUGGACGGGUACCGCGUAGGAUCGGGGCGCCCUAAAACUCAAGCUCAUUGGAGAAAGGAACUACGCGUAGAGGGUCGCAACAAGAAGACGAAACUCAGCGAAGUACACGACCGAUUCAUGGCGGCGACAACCGAAUUCUCGCGGACCCUCGCACAAAUCACGGGCCCUGGAUGGGUUGGUCGUAGGUUGGAUCAGUUGGCCUUGUUCUCGUGGGAUGAGGACGAAAGUGAAGCGGACACCCGCGCCUAG